UCCUAUCAUCGAAUAGUACCUACCAAUUCAGAGCGAAUCAAUUCUCAUCAAUCGAAAUGUCUUCAGUGAAAGCGAUUCCGUUUGUUAUCUGCAUUGCUGCUUUCAUGGCCAUCGUUCUCGUCAGUAGCAUCGAAGCAAAUCCACAGAUUGAUAUCAUGGGUGGCUAUGAUCUGCUCGGUGUCUGCAUCAAUAACUGCGCCCAGUGCAAGAAGAUGUUCGGUGAGUUCUUCGAAGGUCAUCUGUGUGCUGAAGCUUGCAUCCAGUUCAAGGGAAGAAUGGUUCCAGACUGCGAGGAUAUCAAUUCGAUCGGUAAAUUCCUGAACAAACUCAACUAACGCAUG